CAUAGAGGAGCAACAAACCGAGCAAGCACAAAAUUGAUGGAGCUUUAGAUCGCCUUCUUCCAUUUUCAGCUCUGCUUUUCUUUUAUUUUCUUGGUUUUCAAGCUCUCUCUGUUUCAUGGAACGUUAGAUUUGAGGUGAAGAGGUUCAGCAUUUACCGGGUCCUGAUCUCAGAAUGGGCAAGUCACCAGGAAAAUGGAUCAAAACUGUACUAUUUGGAAAAAAGUCAUCCAAAUCAAAUAUUUCCAAAGGGAGAGAGAAACUUGUUAACCGGAAAGAAACAUUGGUUGCUUCCAAGGCAUCAGAAACUGGUGUGGCUUUAGAACCGCCCCACAAUGUUGUUGCCAGGAAGGAGGAAGAAUUGGAAUUGGAGAAUAAAGAAGCAGAAAAUCUUCCUCCUCUGAAUCAGGAAACGGAUUUGGUGUCACAUGUUGAUGAAGAUGUGCCCCCUGAUCCGGAGAAAAUUAGGCAGGAGGAAGCUGCAACAAAGGCACAGGCUGCUUUUAGGGGUUAUUUGGCUCGCAGGGCAUUCAAGGCCUUAAAAGGGAUAAUAAGAUUGCAAGCACUUAUUCGUGGGCACUUGGUUCGAAGACAAGCUGUUGCUACAUUAUGUUCUAUGUAUGGGAUAGUCAAAUUUCAGGCACUUGUUCGUGGAGGGAGGGUUAGACAGUCUCAUGCUGGUUUUGAAAUCCAUGAGAAGUACAAUAUUUUGAAGCUUCAGUAUGGAAAGCAUGCCAAUCCAGUUGAUGUAGCCACAAAAUUUGCAAAGUUAUUGACAAAUACUUACACUCGCAAGCUUCUUGCAUCAUCUACUACGAUAAUGGCCUUGCGCCUGCAAUAUGUUCCUGGUGAUCCAAAUUCAGUGUUAAGUUGGUUGGAGCGCUGGUCUGCAUCUCACUUUUGGAUACCGAUUCCCCAACCCAAGAAAAUUCCAGAAUCCAGGUCUCAGAGAAAGCAAGGUAAUACUUCAACUGGAGAAGUUCAAAUGAGCAAGUCAAGACGUACUACUCGGAAGCUUCCAACUGCAAGUUCUGACUCAGUCUCAGUACAAGCAAAUCCUGAAUUUGAGAAACCAAAAAGGAAUCCGAGGAAAAUAUCAAACCAAGCUACAGAUCCAGUGCAAGAAAAUCCACAAAGUGAGCUCGAAAAGGUUAAGCGGAGCCUGAGAAAGGUCCAUAACCCUGUUGUUGAGAAUGCUGUUCCACCAGAAGUUGAGUCUGAGACCCCAAAACAGCACCUGGAGAAGGCAAAUAUUACCUCAGGACAUGUUGCUUCAGAGCCCGAGGCUGUUAGCACUAAUGAAAUAUCUAACAAAGAAUCAGCAUUGGCUGAGCCUGUGCCCAAUGUGCCUGAUGUGGAAAUUAUUCCUAGACCUUCGGUUAGCAAGGAGGUGUCAGAAAUGUCAGGCAGCUAUCACUUGGAAUUGGAUCCAAAGCCCUUUGUAGAGAAUACAACUAAAGAUAAAAAUCCUUCUGGUGAUGGAGUUUCAAAUGAGCCAAAAGAUCUACCAGAGAGUGGAUGUAAAGAUGAGAAUUCUCCCCUAACUAAUGGGGAUCUGAGUCAUGAGGAAGAUCCAACAGGCAAUGAAAACCAGAGACCGUCCCGGCGGGCCUCAGUUCAAGGGAAACAGGAACGUGCAGAGAAUGGUAUCCAGAGUAGUCCAACAUUACCAAGCUAUAUGGCAGCAACCGAGUCAGCCAAGGCCAAGUUGAGGGCACAAGGAUCGCCAAGGUUUGGACAAGAUGGUGGCGAGAGAAACAACUCUGCUCGGCGACAUUCUUUGCCAUCCUCAACUAACAGCAAAAUUAGUUCGCAUUCACCAAGGACCCAGAGACCGGUUCAACUGGGCAGCAAAGGGGGGCACAAAACUGCCUCAUCUAGAGAUGGAAAUGGAAGAGUAAUUCAAGCUGAGUGGAGGAGGUGAUUUGAGAACUGAGUUUCAUGAGUUUAACUUCAGGAGGCUGAGACUCAUGCAGAGUUGGAUUUAUCUGUAAUAACUUUGUUGGACUACUUAGGACUAUCGUGGGAAGGAUGUGUUUGACCGGGUUCUUUCCUCUUUUGCUGCAUUUUGGGCGUCGAGGGUGAUUUGUACAUUAUAGGUUUUAUGUUUUGCAUGCUGCAACUAUACCUAACUUUGAAUUCUUGCGUUUUGCAUGAUUUCUUCGCUGUCCAUAUUGUAAUUUUCUUCCCAAGUUUGUAUGGUGAUUAACUUGUACCUUUGUUUAUGCUACUAAAGACAUUGUUUGUGCAUGAGAAUAAGCUUGCUAAUCUUAUUUAUA